AUGGCCACCCCAUCUCUGGAAGAAUUGGUGAAAAUGAUGGCAGCUUACCAGGAGUCCCAUGGAUCUUUGGACCAGGUUCAGCAGGCUGCAGGAGGACGACUAGACCGGCGUGAGUGUGAUGAUUCCUCGCUGAGCGGGCGGAGGGCCAGGAGGUUAAGGCCUCCGUCGCGUUUAUCCCCGA